GAUGUGACAAAUGUCAGUUUGACAGUUUGUGGUAUUUCAUUAUUUAUUUGAAAUAACAUUGUUCAAUUAUUUGUAGUUACUAUUUAACUUUAAGAUAAACAUUAGUGCUUAUGUUUUGAAAAAAAGGACAAUAUGAUGGAAAACGAUGAACCAUUGUCAAAGAUAGGCAACCCGAGAAUUAAUUCUAAAUAUUUAGCUUUAAUCGAUAAUAAAUCAAAUGGUUUUGUAGAUCAUGAGGAUACAAGAACAGAAUUGAAAUUCGAAAAAGAUGCACAAUCGCUGGCUGAAUUUGAGAAAAGAAAAAUAAUUGAAAUAUCUCUGGAACGACCUACAAACUUAGAUACCUGGCGCAAUUUGGCAAUUGGAGAAUAUGGACUUGUUGAAGAUGAUCUUCGAAGAAAGGUAUGGCCUCUACUCUUAGAAGUAGAUCCGGAUGAGAAUAAUGAGAAAAUACCUACCCUUUUAGAACUCUCUGAUCAUGAUGAAUAUAACCAAGUAGUUCUUGAUGUGAACAGAUCAUUGAGUAGAUUUCCGCCAGGCAUUCCUUUGAAGCAGAGGCUAGCUCUACAAGAUCAGUUGACAGUGCUUAUUUUAAGAGUAAUAAUGAAAUAUCCUCAUUUGAAGUAUUAUCAGGGAUACCAUGAUGUAGCUAUAACAUUUUUGUUAGUGGUAGGAGAGGUAAUCGCAUUCAGAAUUAUGGAACGCCUUAGCACCGACCAUUUGAAGGAAUGCAUGGAAUCUACGAUGGAAAAGACUUCCUUUAGAUUAAAUUAUAUGUAUCCUCUUUUGCAUAGAAUCGAUGAAAAACUUCAUAACUUUCUUGAAAUGUCCAGCGUAGGUACAAUGUUUGCAUUACCUUGGUAUCUCACUUGGUUUGGACAUUCCCUCAAUAGAUACAAAGAUGUCGUCAGAUUAUAUGAUUUCUUCCUGGCUUCUCCACCACUCAUGUCAAUUUAUGUAGCUACUGCCCUUGUAGUUGCUAGGCGUGACGAAAUUUUCAAACAAGAUUGUGAUCUUGCCAGCAUACACUGUUUGUUGGCUCAAAUACCUGAUGACAUUGAUUUCGAGAAGAUUCUAGAGAAAGCUUCGUUUUAUUACCAGAGAUACAAACCAGAGGAUUUAGAGAAAGAUGUCAUUAAAAGGGUCAAAAGAGAACAGGAUCAAAGAAAACGAGAUGAGGCCCGUAUGCGCAGGCUAAGAAGAGGUAACAAUAACAUGUGGCUGCGAAUUUCCAAUAGCAUGCCGCCAUGGUUACUAAUUAAUCACAGGAGCAGAUAUGGCUUUCUAUUCGCCACUGCUACAGUGCUGAUCGGCCUUUAUGCAUAUUAUCUGAAAUCCAUCAAUCCUAAUGUGAAUUAUUUAUCACAUAUAUGGGAUACAUGACAUAUAGUUCCAUGCAUAACUGUCAAGGAUCUUAUCAAGCGAAAAUUUUAUACAGGUAUUUGAACUUUUUACGAGUACUGGGAUAUAUAUUUAUAUGAUAAUUUUAUGUUUCCUUCAAUAUAUUUGUUAGAUGUAUAUAACAACUGUUACUGUAUAGUGUAUGAAAUUUAAUUAGGAUUCAAGCAAAUGCUUCUAUUGUAGUAAAAAAAAACAAUUUUUAUAUAAUUCAUUAAAGAAGUCCUUUGU